CCCAACCCAAUAAUAAUCCAAACAUGUCACAACAAAACUGAGUAUACCAAACUCAGAAAAUCAAAUAAUAUUUCACAUCUUCUCCAACUUCCAUGGCCGCUCCAUCUUCCUCGUCGCCUCCAAGAAUCAUCGUCCAGAAAAGCCUAUCCGAUGCUCAGCUCUCUGAGCUCCGCAUCCAAUCAUGGCCCAACAGGUGGGGUUGUUCGCCGGGGAAGUACCAACUGAGGUUUGAUGCUCAGGAAACAUGUUAUCUGCUGAGAGGGAAAGUUAAGGUUUAUCCCAAGAACCAAACAUCUUCGACGGCGGCGGAGGUUGUGGAGUUCGGAGCCGGCGAUCUCGUGAUUAUACCGAAAGGGCUUAGUUGCACUUGGGACGUGUCCGUCGCCGUCGACAAGCACUAUAAAUUUGACUCCUCGUAAUAAUAAUUAAUAUAAAUCUCAUCAACAAUAUUUAAUAUAAUAGCCUACAUUAUGCACUUCAAUUCUUGCAUCUUAAUUUUCAUUAUUAUUAUUAUUAUUAUUAUUAUUAUUGGUUAAUCCAAACUGUAAUUUUGUGUUUCUGUUCCUUAGCUUAUUAAUAUAAGAAAAUUUGUCCCGAAAGGGUAUGUAAAUGCACAA